UGUUACAUCAACUUUGUCAUUUGUUGUAAUUUAAAGAUGCACUUUCUUAAAGGGUGUCCACAACCUACUCCAUGGAGAUGUUUUUGCUUUCACAGUACUUGUCUUUCUUAAUUUUAUUACAUAUUUUUGUAUGUCUGAAAAGCAAACAAAAGUAUCAAGUCUGACUGCGAGUGGGCUAGCCUUUGUAUAUAUGUGGUGGGUGGACUGCUAUAUUAUUAUGCUGGUUUUAUUGUUGCUUUUAUCUCUUUAUCUGUUACAGUGAAAGUAAUUGCAUCUACAGUAAACUUAGAUACGCUAGUUCAUCUUUGAAGUUCAAAUUAGAACACAUUUACCACACAAUAAUCAUAACAAUAAUAAUUUUAUGAGCCUUAUGAAUGUCAUAAAAUUGUUAUAAAAUCCCUAGAGACAACUGCUUCCUGUUACAAAUGUAUUCUAGCACGACUACACUGAACGCAUGAGGGAGUAUCCUGUCCCUCUGUCAGUCUGUUGAUAACAGGACCAAACUAGGACAUGUAUAUUUGGGCCAGAGCAUACCACAAGGAGGACACCCACUAUUAACCUAAUUCUGAUUUCUUCUGAAGUCUUUGCUAAUUCGCACUCCCUCUCUGACAGACUGUUGUGUCUUUCCCUUUCUCUCAACACAUAAUUGUAUUUUUUUAGAAUAGCAAAAAAACAAAUUAUGAUAUCAGGACUAACUGCUCAGAAUGCCUGGAUGGUAGGGGGCAGGAAUAGUAGGUGGAGGGACAGAGAUUCUGUGUAGUUGUUCUGUAGGUUGCUAGUUCAGUCCCUGGUCCCAUUACUGCAUUGUACCAUUGUACUCUUGAGCUGGACACCCACCUGCCUUGUCUCAAGUGUCUGUUAGCGGGUGUGGAGCAGGCUGGGGCUGGAGCUGGCGGGGUCACCUCACAUGGGAGAGCUCCUGCGCCCACUGCUGGCACACGGGCAUCAUGGCAGGGGUCAGAGAGCGCCCAGGGGCCAGAGAGCGCAGCUCCCGACUCCAGAGGCCGUGGUCCGUGUACAGAGCCAGUACUCUGGAGCUGUCCAACGAGAUGAUGGGGCUGGCUCUGGCAGGAAACAGCCAGGACCCAGAUGAGCCAGUGCUGGAGUUUGGCUUGGCCUGCUCUGACCUGGUGACCCCUGCCAUGGACCGAAAACCCAACAGCUUCAUCGCUGUGAGCUGCACCACCCCUCCCCAGGCGUUCUGGACCAAGCACACCCAGACUGAGAUCAUAGAGUUACUCUUACAACGUAUUGUCCAGGGCACCAGUAGCCCGAGCUUCCUGAGCAGCGUGGCCUUUUUCCAGGACUCCAGCAUCAGUCAGCACACUCAGAUCAAACUGGCUGUGUACGAUGUCAAGGAGCGCUCUCAGGGGACGAUGUACAUGUUGGGGUCAGCUCUGUUCCCUCUCAAAGAGCUGUUACAGGAUCAGACAGGGCAGCUGCAACUGGAGCUCAGGUCAGCAGAGAACGAGCGUGUGGGCGUGGUUUUGGUGCGUACGUGGGGCAGGGAGGAGCGGGUGGACUGGAGACUGUCAGCGGGACAUUUAAGAGAUAGUACUCGGACUGUGCUGCCUGUGGACCAGAGCCUCACCGAGUCCAUGGGAGCCCGCAUCAAGUACGCCUCACUGAGCCAUGACUGCCUGCUGCGUUCAGUGUUUGGAGGCACCAUGUCGCGGAUGUACCGGCUGCCCCGCACAGACGGCUCCCACCUGCGCGUCCUGGAGCAGAUGGCCGAGAGCGCUCUGUCGCUGAACGUGCCCCGACAGCUCGUCAAACUACUGCUGGAGGAGGACGCAGCCAGAGUGUGUGAGCUGGAGCAGCUCGGGGAGUUGUCUCCAUGUUGGGAGAGCCUUCGGAGACAGAUUGUGUCCCAUUACCACAGCAACAUUCUGUCCUACCAGGAAGCCCAGAGCCACCUCAGCUCCUACAGGGGUCCUUCAUUCAAAGCCAGUAACCUGAAGGCGGAGAGGAAGUUGGAGUUCAUGCCCACCAACCUGCACAUUCAGAGGAUGAGAGUGCGGGACGAGCUGGGCCUGGAGAGCACCUACGAUGUGGUGACUGUGGGUGCUCCAGCCGCUCAUUCUCAGGGCUUCAAGAGCAACGGUCUACGUAAACUACUCCAUAAGUCUGAAGAGGCCAAGAAACAGGAUGCCUCCUCCUGUCAGUCCCUGGUCCACAGCUCACAGGAGAUGGUCCGGGCUAAAGAGCUGAUCAGCCAGAUCACCACACUGAGGACUCAGGUCAGCUACUACGCCGAGCGAGUGUCCCGUGCCGCCAAAGACCACUCUGCCAGCGGAUUAGAGAGGACGCUGCCACCCCUCACGGACAAGACGCGACAGUUGGUGACAGUUUGUGACUGUAAGCUGCUGGCCUCGGCGGUCCAGGCUCUGACCGCAGCCCGUCCCGAGUACAUCGCCUCGGCCGCGUCGCCCUCUGCUGACCGGGAGCAUGUAGUGCUGAGGAACGACCAGGACUCAUUGCUGGCCAAGUGGAGUGGACGCAACAGCCGCGGAGGGUCACUGCAGCCUGACUGGCCUGAGCAGGAGUGGGAGAACGUGUGGGCCAAUGUGGACAAGUCUCUGGAGUGCAUCGUCCAGCGAGUGGACAAACUGCUGCAGAAGGACCGCAGACACAGCCAGUCCAGUGCGGACAGCGGCCUGAGCGGGAUGCAACCCACAACCAAGAGAGGCGAUGCUAAAAGAGCAUAUUGGAUCAAUCCGGGAAAUGUGUCACAUGACCACUCAUCUCCAUCUGCAUGGUCCUCCUCACCCCCCCAGACCUCCACUGCUCCCCUCAGCAGCCUCCAGCAUGUGUCCAAUGGGACCCCCAGCACAGAGGAGAUGAGCCCAGGAGAGUGGAGCGAGGCCCUGUACCCUCUGUUGAUCACACUGACCGACUGUGUGGACAUGAUGAGUGACCGGGCCAAGCAGUCCCUGGUGUUCCUCCUCAUGCAGGAUAGCGCCCCCACCAUCUCCAUGGACACAACGCUGCAGUACCGUCGCGAUGUGGUCUUCUGCCAGACGCUCACAGCGCUCAUCUCUGGUUUCAUCAUCAAACUGAGGAACUGUCUCCGUGACGAUGGCUUCCUACGACAGCUCCACACCAUCGGCCUGCUGGCUCACUUCGAGUCCCUGCUCAGCACCUACGGAGAGGAACUUGCCAUGCUGGAAGACAUGAGUGUGGGAGUCAUGGACCUGCGUAAUGUCACAUUUAAGGUUACCCAGGCAACCAGCAGCUCUGCCCCUGACCUGCUGCCCAUCAUCACGGGCAACAGACACGGCUUCAACGUGCGCAUCCCUCUGCCCGGUGCCAUGUUUGACGCCCUGCCCCGAGAGAUCCAGAGCGGCAUGCUGCUCCGAGUCCAGCCCGUUCACUUCAACGUGGGCAUCAACGAGCAGCAGACCCUGGCAGAGAAGUUUGGAGACACCUCUCUACAGGAGCUCAUUAACGUGGAGAGUUUGGCUUGGCUCAACUCCUACUACGAGCAGUUCAAGGACGUUCUUCCUGAAGACUGCCUGCCGCGGUCCCACUCCCAGACCUGUCUUCCAGAGCUCCUCCGGUUCCUGGGCCAGAAUGUUCACGCCAGAAAGAACAAAAAUGUGGACAUUUUGUGGCAGGCUGCUGAGAUUUGUCGGCGUCUGAACGGAGUGCGCUUCACAAGCUGCAAAAGCGCCAAAGACCGCACGGCCAUGUCUGUGACCCUGGAGCAGUGUCUGAUCCUGCAGCAGGAGCACGGCAUGGCCCCACAGGUGUUCACCCAGGCGCUGGACUGUAUGCGCAGUGAGGGCUGCCGUCGGGAGAACACGCAGAAGAAUGUUGGAUCCAGAAAAUAUGCCUUUAACUCUCUGCAGCUGAAGGCCUUCCCCAGACCCUACCGCCCCCCCAGCGGCACAUUUGGCAAAGCUGAGACCUGAUCAGACCCCUCCUCCUGGUGCCUGUUACUGUGGGUCACAAGGGCAGAAACAACUGUGAGUGUUGUGUACACUGGUCCAAACAUUUCGUUCUCAGAAAAAAGGACUGAAAGAACAUAAAUAAUAUGACUUGAAAGACUGCUGGACUAAAACCACACGUCAAAUCAGCAGAAUAAAAAGGAAAAUAUGGAGUUUUGUUAUGUCUUCAUUUCAACGUCGAGUGGACCUUUUCAGAAAAUGAAGUUUGCAGACACAGGCCGAGCAAUGACUCUUGUUUGGAAAAUGAAGACUUUGCAUUUCCACUAUAAUUAACAUUGAACACUGACACUCAUGUAAAGUGUGUUUAUAUUAUGGUGCUAAAGUGAUUCUAAUGCACAGAUUAGAAUUGUAAAAAGGAAGUAGUCAUAUUUUUAAUGUAGCUAAUUCAACUGAAAACACUGCAGUAUACUUUAACAGACUGGUAGCUGUAUCAUAGGUAGAAUUUCCCCCAAAUCUGUAAGUCAGACUCAGAUUUUCAUGUAACUGAGGCCAUGUUGAAUAUUUUCCAUGUUUUUUUUUUUGUUUUUUUGUUUUUUAAAUAUAAGACUAACAUUUCAAGCCUCACAGCUCACAGCUUUUUUUUUUUUUUUCUUAAUUGCACUGGAAAAUCUUUUUAUUUCUAUUUUCAAGGAAUCGUGCACCUAAUUUGUGUCCACUUGAGUUUAGUUGUUGCACACUUGUAUGGCCGAUAAAGAAAAACCAAAUUAACCUCUUGAACAGUUUUUAAUGGUUUGUUUUUAUUAAUGUAUGCAUUUCUGUUGCUGUUUAUCCAGACCAUAGCCUACGUUAACAUAGGCCUAUGUCUCCAGCCAGCAUGGGCCUUUUGUUUGUAGCUCACUGUAGUCACAUUUCUUGUGCAAAUCAUUUUAUUACAGAAAUGAUUGGGUCCUGAA